AUUUACAACAGAAAGGAAAAGUCAGCGCUGAAGCGGCAGCUCUCGCACCACAGCCCUCGCUAUGGAUUGUAUGUAUUUAUUGAUGUGCUUUUCUCUCAGUCAGCUAUUUUUGGAUCAUAUUUUCGCUGCAGAAACACAUGAAAAACUCUCUGGAAAGUUAAGUGAAUAUGGUCUUAUCGUGCCAUUCAGCACAGACUCCCGAGGCCGGUACAUUUCUCACGUGGUCUCUGCUGGAAGUGGAAGUAAAGGUGCUGCUCCUGCCGCUGCCGCCGGUGCUGCCGGCGCUGCUGAUGCCUCCUCAACCGUCGGCAGCAGGAGGAGGGUGGCCCGCGGUGCCCCCGAGAUGCCCUCGGUCACCUCCGCCUCGGCUCAGCACUUGUUUUUCAAUGUCACCGUGUUUGGGAAAGAACUGCACCUCCGCCUGAGGGCCAACAGGAGGCUGGUGGCCCCGGGGGCUUUUGUGGAAUGGCAGGAGGACUUUGUGGAAAAGGCCAAGGAACGUAUCCACGGGGACUGUGUUUUCACUGGAGAUGUGAGUGAUAUGCCGGAGGCCUCGGUGGCUAUCAGCAACUGUGACGGACUGGCAGGUCUGAUCCGGACUGAUAAUGGGGAGUUUUUCAUCGAGCCCCUCGAGAAGGGCCAGCAGGACGUGGAAGUGAAGGGGCGUGUCCACGUGGUCUACCGCAGGUCAGCGAUUAAACGGGAGACGGGCCAGCGGAAGGAGGACCUCCACAAUGAAGUGGCAGACUUCGGGAUCGCGAACCUCCCCGCAGCUCUGGAUCUCGUCGCACAUAAACUGUCUGAGUCCGAGCGCAAGAGGAGGCACGCGAAGAAGGACGACUACAACAUCGAGGUGCUGCUGGCCGUGGACGACUCGGUGGUGCGCUUCCACGGCAAGGAGCAUGUGCAGAAUUAUGUCCUCACGCUCAUGAACAUAGUUGAUGAAAUCUACCAUGAUGAAUCUCUGGGAACCAACAUCAACAUCGUCCUUGUCCGCAUGAUAAUGGUCGGGUACCGACAGUCUAUAAGCCUGAUCGAGCGUGGCAACCCAUCCCGCAGCCUGGAGCAGGUGUGUCGGUGGGCCAACACGCAGCAGCGCCGCGACCCAGACCACUCAGAGUACCACGACCACGCCAUCUUCCUCACAAGGCAAGAUUUUGGUCCCGCAGGUAUGCAAGGUUACGCUCCAGUGACAGGGAUGUGCCACCCACUGCGGAGCUGCACUCUGAACCAUGAGGACGGCUUCUCCUCUGCCUUUGUGGUUGCUCAUGAAACCGGCCAUGUGCUUGGGAUGGAGCACGACGGCCAGGGGAAUCGUUGUGCUGAUGAGACCAGCAUGGGCAGCAUCAUGGCGCCGCUCGUCCAGGCCGCUUUCCACCGCUAUCACUGGUCACGUUGCAGCAAGCAGGAGCUCAAUCGAUACAUCCACUCCUAUGACUGCCUGCUGGAUGAUCCCUUUGAGCACAAGUGGCCCAAGCUUCCUGAGCUCCCUGGAAUAAAUUAUUCAAUGGACGAGCAGUGCCGCUUUGAUUUUGGUGUUGGUUAUAAAAUGUGCACCGCUUUUCGAACCUACGACCCCUGCAAGCAACUGUGGUGCAGCCACCCUGACAACCAGUACUUUUGUAAAACCAAAAAAGGUCCUCCGGUGGAUGGGACGGAGUGUGCGCCGGGAAAGUGGUGCUUCAAGGGCCAUUGCAUCUGGAGAUCCAGCCAGCAGCCUCAGGGCCACGAUGGGAGUUGGGGCUCCUGGUCAAAGUUUGGCUCGUGCUCCAGAACAUGUGGAGGUGGCGUUCGCUCCCGCAGCAGACAGUGCAACAACCCACCGCCUGCCUACGGUGGUCGAGAUUGCCCUGGCUCUGCUUUUGACUACCAGAUGUGCAACACAGAGGAGUGCGCUGGCCCUUACGAGGACUUCCGUGCUCAGCAGUGCAUCCAGAGGAGCAACAAAUACCACAAUAACAUCAAGCACACCUGGCUACCGUACGAGCACCCAGAUGAGGGCCGCAAGUGUGAGCUGAGCUGCAAGUCCAAGGAGACGGGAGAGGUGGUGUUCAUGAACCAGGUGAUGCAUGAUGGGACCCGCUGCAGCUACUCAGACCCCUUCAGUGUGUGCGCUCGAGGAGAGUGUCUGCACGUCGGCUGCGACAAGGAGGUCGGCUCGUACAAGCAAGAGGACAAAUGUGGAGUGUGUGAGGGGGAAAACUCCCACUGUCGCACCGUCAAGCUGACACUCACCAAGACGCCCAAAAAGAACGGAAUGCUGAAAAUGUUCGACAUCCCAAUAGGAGCCCGUCACAUUGUUAUUGAAGAGAACGAGACAUCCCCUCAUAUAAUUGCUGUGAAGAACCAAGUUACUGGAAACUUCAUACUGAAUGCAAAAAGCGAAGACGCCGAAUCGAAGACCUUCAUCGAGAAUGGUCUGCAGUGGGAGUACUCCAUCGACAGUGAGAAGGAGACCCUGAAAACAAGUGGUCCUCUGCACGAGGGCAUUGUCGUGCUGGUCAUUCCCCAGGAAGACGACGCAAAGAUCAGCUUAACAUAUAAAUAUAUUAUACACGAGGACCUGCUUCCGCUUAUUACCAACAACAACGUUCUUCUGGCUGAACUUGACACCUAUGAGUGGGCACUGAAGAGCUGGUCCCAGUGCUCGAAACCUUGUGGGGGAGGCAUACAGUACACAAAAUAUGGAUGCAGGAGGAAGAGUGACAGCCGUUUGGUACACCGUAACUUUUGUGAAACCAGCAAAAAGCCCAAACCCAUUCGGAAACGCUGCAAUGUCCAAGAAUGCAGCCAGCCCACGUGGGUGGUGGAAGAGUGGAGUCCCUGCAGCAAGACCUGCGGAAAGCUUGGCUACCAGACCCGGGUGGUGCAGUGCAUGCAGGCGCUCCACAACGGCACCAACAGGCCCGUCCACAGCAAACACUGCGCCGAGGACCGUCCGGAGACCAGGAGAGCCUGUAACCACACCAUAUGUCCCGCCCAGUGGAGGACAGGGGCGUGGUCUCAGUGUUCGGUGACCUGUGACGAAGGGAUUCAGCAAAGGCAGGUGGUGUGCAAAGCCAGCGACAACACCUUGGGAGAAUGCGAGGGCGAGAAGCCGGAAACGGUCCUCAUUUGCAAACUGAGUCCGUGUCCAGGACAGCCAGUGUCUUCUCUCACCGUCGAAACGAUGGAAAACUCCACAAUAAAAGAUGAAGCUGUGCACCAAAGGGCUCCGGAAAACCCUGUCCACAAACUCUCUUCAAAUGAGCCAUGUCUGGGGGAUAAAUCGAUUUUCUGUCAAAUGGAGGUUCUUGCCCGUUAUUGUUCCAUCCCUGGAUACAAUAAGCUUUGUUGUGAGUCUUGCAACAAGAAAGAAAGCCUCUCCACUCAUGCUCCGGACCUCCAGAACACCCCAGUGACCUCAGUUGAACCUGAGACCCCGGUUCCUUCUCACCCCGCAUCACCCAAGGCUCCUCUAGCAGCUACGACCCAGACCCCACCGCAAACCACUAAAGCCAUCGGCAGACGGCUUCGCUCCACUGCCCCAGUGCCAACCGCCGCUGCUGAAGCCUCGCCAUCCACAGGUGCUGCUCUGCCCCAGGGCCCCACCAGGGACUCCUUCCCCACUGCUGGGAAGGCAGACUCAGACCCGGGGCCUCUUCUACCUCCAGGGCCGCCCCGGCCCACAGCAGACUCCAGUGGAGGUGCCUCUAAAGAGCACAGCCCAAACAGCACUUUAGGCCCAGUCGCUGCCAGGUCAAGAAGGGACGAUUUAGGAUCCGAGAGGGACUCGAGUCACAGAACCCUGUCAGCUCAGAAAUGAACAGUGAGCGAUGGUGAGACGGUCUCACACGUCAACUCACUCUCUGCGGCAUCUGAUAGACUUGCUGCAGAGAUUUUCUUUCUUUUUUUUACGAAGAUUUUUUUUUCCAUGCCAGUGAACUUAGACCAGACCAGCGAAGGUUACCUCAUCAAAACUCCAGAGUGACCUGUGUGCAGCGUCGCUCUGCCCUCUGUGCUUCAAAUAUGAAACGGAAGAAAAAAAAAGUUGUCAGGUGCUGUAAACUAAAACGACUACAAGACGUGUUCAAAAUGUGAUGACUGCAUUGCUACAUUCAUGUUUUUAUCUGUGUACAGUUGUGUAAGCCUGUUUUUUUCAAGUGCAUUAGAACUACUAUUGAACUUGUAUUGUGAACGUGUGAGGAGAGGUCAAAGGCCAUGGUUCUGGAGGUGCAUGUGUCAGCUGUGGAGACCAGUGUCCCACCAGAAUAAUUAUAGACCCUGCCAGUGUUCACUUAUAAUCAAUUAAUAUAUUUCUAUGUUAGAUAAAUAUAUAUGAAAAUUUAAUGAUGCAUUCAAUAACGUGAAGCAAAUUUGGGGAUUAAAAAUCAACAUUUUUUUAUUCUGUUUUAAGAAUUAAUGCGCAUUUUAAAAUAGAAUUGCAAAAGUAAUUUUAAAAUAUAGCCUCGAGCAGCAACUCAUUGACGAGUUUUGAGUUUUCCUAUUAAGCCCCACCCCUUGCAAAGUGUUUUGGUUGAUGGCGUCCAUGUUUUUCCACCUAUGUUGCUCGUUUAUAAGACGGACAUGUAUCUCAGUACUACGAUGCUUUCUACCAAUUAUAGUGCUGAUAGUCAAAAUCCAACAAGGUCUUUUCAUGUAACUGUUUUUCAAAAACUUCAAAAUGGCAGAAAAUCCAUCAUGGCAAACUUUUUAGGCUUUUUUUUUUUAGAGGCUUCAGAAUUUUGCGCCUCAAUUACAGCGCCACCAUCUGGCACAGUGUUUUCCGUUAUUCUAUUUGCUUUUAUCUCUCACAUUUCCUUGUCUGGUUCAGUUUCCAUAUCUUGAUCCCUCUGACUCCCAUCAGCACUCCUGUUGCUUUAGUAAACUUUAAAAGCUCUUUUAAAGCAAUAGUUUGGCAUUUUGGGAAAUGCGCUCAUUUACUUCUUUGCUGAAAAUUAGAUGAGAAAAUCAAUGCCACUCUCAUAUGUGUGCAUUGAGUGUGGAGCUAAAGCAGGACUCUGCUAGCUUAGCAUGAAGCCCAGAAACAGGGAGGAAGAGUUCUGGAAAGGGCUCACUGUGAAGCUCACUAAUUAAAGCAGUUGUUGUGUUUAAUCUAAACAUACAAACAGAAAUAUGAAAAAAAUGCUUUUGGUUCUAGGGAGUCUUGUCAUCGUCAUAAGGUCGUUAGCCGAAGGAGCUAACAGUGAAACUGUUCUUCAAGAAGCAGCUGCUGCCCCAAAACCAAAACUUUCAGGGUUUUUUUGUUCACAAUUUUAUGAGGUGUUGAUAGAUGUAAAUAAAGGUUCCUUCACUUUGUCGUUAUGCUAAGCUAAGCUAAUCACCGCUUUACCUCCAGCUUUGUGCUCACAGCACAGACAUGGGGGUCGUAUCAAUCUCGUCAUCUAACUCUCAACAAGAAAGCUGCUAAGCGUAUUCCCCAAAUUGUCUUCUUUUUGAUACAUUUAGUUUUGCUUUAUGUGAUUAAUCAGUUUAACGGCUUUUAAAAUGUACCUCAUUGAUUAGAAUCAAACACCUCAGCCUGUAGUUAUUCCAGUGGCACACUCCAGACUCCAUAGCCAUCACUCCUGGCGGGGAGCGUCAUGGCUUCUCUGCCCCCGGUGCUCUUUUGUUGCUGUUUGUCCAACAUGCUGGUGAUCAUCCUCACCGGUACAGAACAUCAUGACUGUAAGCCAACCCCACUGUAGCAUGCUCUCUGUCUGCCUCUGUGGAAGUCAGUCACUUACGCUUUAAAACGAAAAGAUUUCAGAAAAAAAACAACUCACCAUGUUAUUUUUAUGAUAUAUUUUUCAGAUAAUAAUGUAUAUAGUGUAAAUUUCAAGUUAUGAAAAGAAAUGAACAACCAGGAGUAGAACGGAAAGUGUGUUGCAAUUGGAAAAUACAGGCGAUGCUGUAAGUCUACAGACUGUGGUUCAUGCUGUUGCACCAUUCCUGCAUUGCAGUUCAUAACAUCAUUAUGUUUAUUGUAUAGUUCCUGUAUAUACGAACGUGAAUGAAAGCUUUAAAUGUUAAUAUUUAUUGAAUUUUUAAGUGGUAUGGAGAACAAAG